AUGCAGAACGAGGACUUCUCCGCCGAGCUCCUGCAGCUUUAUUACCAGCGACUGUUCCCGUACCAACAGAUAGUCCAGUGGCUCAGCUACGACAAAGGCGAAGCGUUUUUCUUUCGUCGCGAGCUCUCGUAUACGCUCGAGAACGACACGUACAUCCGGUACAAGUCGUUCCACAAUGCUGACGAACUCAAAAGCAGCAUGAACGCAACGCUGCCUUACAAAAUUGAUAUCGGAGCCGUCUUUUCCGUGUCCCCCAUCGACAAGGGCAAAGUCAGCGCCGCCGAUUUCACGCCCCAGCAGCGCGAACUCGUGUUUGAUAUCGAUCUGACCGAUUACGACGACAUUCGAACGUGCUGUGACGGUGCAUCGAUUUGUAACCGCUGUUGGAAGUUCAUGAUUGCUGCAGUUGAGGUGCUCAAUGCCGCGUUACGGGACGACUUUGGCUUUGAAAACAUUCUCUGGGUUUACUCCGGACGUCGUGGAAUCCAUUGCUGGGUCGCAGACGAGAAGGCUCGGGAGCUCGAGAACGAAGCACGGUCUGCUGUGGUAGGGUACCUGACGCUCGUGGAAGGCAACGAGAACUCGGCUCGAAAGGUCAAGUUGCGCGAACCGCUGCAUCCAUCGCUCGCUCGUGCGUACCAGUUACUGGAACCCUUGUUCGAGAGCACGGUUCUGUCCGACGAGGGUCAAGGGAUUCUAUGCUCUGAAAAGCAGUGGGUCAAGUUGCUGGCAAUGGUGCCUGACGAGGACAUCCGAGCCAACAUGAUGCGUCGAUGGGGUACUGCGAGCUGCAAGUCGAGUCCAGGAGAGAAGUGGCAUGAGCUUAGGGAGGCGGUGGAGAAACAAGUGGUGAAGAAUGCAAAUGCCAUGCGUGGUGGUAGCAGCCUCAAGCGGCCGACACCGAACAGUGAUGCGAGCAAGCGGUUUGCCGCAGCCGACCUGCGCACGUGUUUGCGGGAAAUCGUACUGGCGUACUUGUAUCCGCGAUUAGAUGCUAACGUGUCGAAGCAACGGAAUCACUUGCUGAAGAGUCCGUUCGCAGUGCAUCCAAAGACGGGUCGUGUGUGCGUACCCAUUGAUACGGCCUUGAUGGAAGCAUUUGAUCCGUUCAAGGUCCCUACGCUGGGCCAGCUGAGCGAAGAGCUCGACUCGGGCAAGGCCGCUACGAGUAUGAGAAAGUAUGUGGACUUUUUCGAGUCUUCGUUCCUAAAACCGUUGGCUGCAGCUGCUAAGCGAAAAGAGCGCGACGCUCGUGAAAGCGAAGCCGCAAUGACUGGCGACUGGUAG